AUGGCAGCGUUGAAGGGACACCGAGUUGUCUUAACCUCGCCUCAUCACUCGGAUUUGCAGCCAAUCGAGUUGGUUUGGGCGAUUGUGAAAGGCCAAGUCGGGCGGCGCUAUACUGAUGAAACCGGCUUGUCUGAGGUCAAGGCGCGCCUUGAAGAAGCAUUUGACGACCUGAAGCCCAGUUCUAUUCAAGGCUGCAUCAAAGCUUCCGAGGUAAAGCUGCAAAAGCUUUACGACCAUCUUGUGGAAAUUGAUGCUUUUGAAUCGGAUGAGGAUUCAUCAGCACAAAGUAGUAGCGCCACUGAUGAUAGCGACUCCCAAGUCGAUACGUGUCAGCCAAAGAAAGGUUGGCAACGUUUCUCUACGUCGUUGGCCAUGCCGCUUCAAGCAGACAAGCACAAGAACGAUUUCAACGAAGUGGUUUUGUCGGCUAUGGUCAGGUUGUACCCGACGGUCAUGCGUCCCCCUGGGAGCAGUAUUCCGUGGGAAAUUCACUCGAACCCCAAGAUGUUUCCAUUUUUCAAGGGCUGCGUCGGCGCCCUUGACGGCACGCACGUACCGGCGAUCCCUCCGCCAUCUGGAGCAAAGCCGUUUCGAAAUCGAAAGGGUUAUAUGAGUCAGAACAUCCUAGCGGCGUGCACAUUCGAUUUGAAGUUUACUUACGUAUUGGCUGGAUGGGAAGGUUCUGCAUCAGAUGGGCGUGUUCUCGAGGAUGCGCUGCUGAACAAAGGAUUUGUUAUUCCCCCGGGAAAGAUGUAUCUUGCCCAAGUCGAUACGUGUCAGCCAAAGAAAGGUUGGCAACGUUUCUCUACGUCGUUGGCCAUGCCGCUUCAAGCAGACAAGCACAAGAACGAUUUCAACGAAGUGGUUUUGUCGGCUAUGGUCAGGUUGUACCCGACGGUCAUGCGUCCCCCUGGGAGCAGUAUUCCGUGGGAAAUUCACUCGAACCCCAAGAUGUUUCCAUUUUUCAAGGGCUGCGUCGGCGCCCUUGACGGCACGCACGUACCGGCGAUCCCUCCGCCAUCUGGAGCAAAGCCGUUUCGAAAUCGAAAGGGUUAUAUGAGUCAGAACAUCCUAGCGGCGUGCACAUUCGAUUUGAAGUUUACUUACGUAUUGGCUGGAUGGGAAGGUUCUGCAUCAGAUGGGCGUGUUCUCGAGGAUGCGCUGCUGAACAAAGGAUUUGUUAUUCCCCCGGGAAAGAUGUAUCUUGGCAUCGCGCGCAUUCCCGCCUAA